AGAAAUGAAGGAUAUGACAAUUGUUUUAAUCACUUUCUGCAUAAUUGGGAUAUUUUUAAAUGGAUUUGCAUUAAUGGUCCUAAUUACGUUUAAAACUGGUUAUGAUUUAACACAGCGAUAUAUAUUAUUACAGCUUUGCUUCAGUGACUUGGGAAUGAGUAUUAUUGUUGUUGUUGAAGUAUUACUCUUUUAUUUUGCAAACUAUUUGAAUGCUAAAUAUAUUCUAAAUAAUAUUAUAGUUAUAAAGGUAAUAAAGAGAGUUGUUGUUACAGUGUUUUACUACUCAACAUUUUGGCUAGUGUUGGACAGGUUUCUGCAUAUAAAGCUGAAUAUUAAGUACGUCGUUUACUGUUCAAAAAAAAAAAUAUUAAUAACAGUAUCAGUUUUAUGGGUUAUAGCAAUAGUGUUUGGAAGUCUAACAAGAAUUUAUAUCAAGAAUUACAAUACAAAUAUAAUUGCAUUCUACGAUAUAGUUAUAAUAAUUUUUUCGACCUUUGUUUAUGCAUACGCUUUAAUAAUUUAUCAGAAGCAAAAUGCAAUCGUUCGUUCUAACCAGCACAACAAAGGAAUAUUCAAAGGAUUGUUACUGACUAGUAUUAUAUUAACAAUAUUUUUUGCAAUGGUUGCUUUACCUGACAUAUUAUAUGCAAUUCAUCAGUACAGUCCUAUUAUUACUAAAAACCUACAUUGGUAUAUCGAUGUAACAUUUCCUCUAUCGUUUUGGACUGAUGCAAUUGUCUAUAUAUUUUGUUCUCCGCGAGUUAGACGUUUACUAAAAAACAAAUUGAAAUGUAUUCAAGAUCAGAGUAGUACGCUUUCAAGAAGUACUAUUAUGAAUUUUAGCACUUUAAACAACAAGAUAAAUUCCUCAAUAAAAAGUUCAUGCGUUAACUCAUUAGAUAUGUGAUAUUGUUAUCCAAGCAGAUAUGUGACAUUGUUAUCCAAGCAGAUAUGUGAUAUUGUUAUCCAAGCAGAUAUGUGAUAUUGAGGAAAUGUUUAGUGCUUGUUUUACUUAAUGUUUCAAGCAUCGAAUCUGAUCAAAUUGAAGACCUUUCCCAGAUCUGUUCUUUCAACUUGGACCAAAUAGCCAAAGGUGUUAGUAGAUCCUGAGACCAAAAACUUAGAUUUGCACAUAUCUCUGCCAUUUUCUUCUUUUCUACGUUAGCUGGUACCAGGUUAAGCGAAAUGUUUAGGCGGCAGUAAUUUUCUGGCCUGGAACUUAGAUUGUGGGAUCUAUUAGUCUGUAUGCCAGUAACCCUGGAAUAGUUACCUCAGUACCAAUUAUGUUUGUCAAAUCUUUAGUCUCUUCAAACCAAUCAUUUAAGUCACUUUCAAUAGUACUUAAAAUAGAAACUAGCUUUGCAAUGGUGUUAUCAAUUUGCAUAUAUGCAUUGUAGAUGUCCUGAUCACAAUUUUAAAGCUUUUAUGACAGCUGUUUAAUAGAUUCUAGAGCAUUUUUAGUAGUGCAAAACGCCUCUGUGAUAUUUUCAGAGAUGAAGUAAAACAUUGCGCUUUGACUCUUAUUUCACAACUCCAUUCCUAGUUUUCAAACUCUUUUUUGUCAUAUGAUUUCUUCUCA